CUUGAAAUGACGGGCAGUGAUUGGAGUCUGGAGGCUAUCAAGUGACCCAUCUUACGUACUCCCGCAGCUAUUUGAUGUUAUUUCAACUUUCAUGUGUUUUUGCCUCCUGUUGGAGGGAAUGGGGGGAGUAUAUAGGUUGUCAUUCUAAUUAUUAUCCUUCUUGUUUCUUGUCUGGGAUGUUCAUGCAAGAACACCCUUCCUCGGUCCUAACGAUCUCAUUGACUGAACACCCCCAUUGUGGUACCGCUCUUUUUGACCGCGACUUGAGGUAACAGAGUAUACUGCCGCCAAUGGCCUACCUUCCAGACAUACACCUCCAAGGUCAAAUUUAUAACCAUAGCUUGUCGGCCGGAUUUUUUUUUUAAAAAUUUUUCGCAUUCUCGCGCAAUCCGCCCCCCUCUUUGAAUUCUCCGCAAACCCUCAAUGGCUCCCCCCAACAAUCCGUCGUCCCACACGAAACCGCCCGCCCACCGCAACGUGAAACACGUCGUGCUAGGGGACCUCCUUUUCAAAACCUGGUACCAGUCCAUUUACCCAGAGGAACUUGUGAACAAAGAUACGGAUCGGUUAUACAUCUGUCGAUGGUGUUUCCGGUACUCGUGUGACGCAGAUGCCUUCGCCAAGCACACCCAGGUUUGCCAGCAUCGGACCACACCUCCAGGGACAAAGGUCUACGAUCAUGGUGGCUAUGCGGUGUGGGAAGUGGACGGUGAUAAGAAUAAACUAUACGCGCAAAACCUUUCACUUUUCGCGAAACUAUUUCUCGAUCACAAGUCGGUCUUUUUUGACGUCGCGUCCUUCCUCUACUAUCUCCUCACCUUCACCGACCCGCAUGAUCCGGAAAACUAUUAUAUCUUAGGGUUCUUUUCGAAAGAGAAGCUCUCGUGGGAUGCGAAUAACCUUGCGUGCAUUUUGAUCUUCCCUCCGUAUCAGCGCAAGCAGUUGGGCAAGCUGUUGAUGGGUGUGAGCUAUAAAAUAAGCGACUGGGAAAAGGACAGUGGGCUAAUAGGUGGCCCGGAGAAACCGUUGAGUGAGAUGGGGCGAAAGAGUUAUAGUCGAUUCUGGGAGGAGCGAAUUGCCCGAUAUCUAUUAUUGCAUACUUCGGACACAGAGGAUUCGGAGUACUCGUCACCACAGAAGCAAGAGCCAUCUAAGGCUUCUUGCAAGAGACAACCCCAUGAAGUCGUGACAGUUCAGGAGAUAGGAUUGGCAACCGGGAUGUUGACAGAAGAUGUCAUCACUGCUCUCAAAGGCAUGGGGAUCGUCGAACCUACAACACCGUCGAAGAAACGCAAGUCGAACCAAGAAACUGGUGAAGUCAAUGAUGGUGAAACAGUAAUGAUACGGAUAUCGGACGUACUUGAAUGGACAAAAGCUCAUCAUGUUACUUGGAGAGAUCCCGUUAGAGAUGAGGGCUUCCUCGGAAGAUGUAUAUUAUUGACUACUUCGGCGACUCCAGAUCUGGCACCAUUAUGUAUCGUUAUAUCAUUAUAGUAUUAUACGGGCUCUGUGUUGGACAGAGCUAGAGCUACGAGCAUGCGUUAGGAAUAGAUACCAUCUGAGUUUCAAUAUUUGCUAAAAUAAUAGCCCUUUUCUUGCCUUUGUUGGCUUCGCAAAGCAGCA